AAAAGUACAGAACUACAGAUUGAACAAUUUUUCAGCCACUGUAUUUGCAAUCUUCCUAGUGAUCUUCUUCUCCUUUUCAGCAGUACUUCUUGCAGUCUUUGUUGGGUGAGGUUGAACUUUACAUUUGCUUUGGCUUUGACUCAAGAAGUAUAUUCUCUAGUGAAUGAUCAUGGUGAAAUUUCUGAAUCCUCUCCUUCCCUUCUUACACUACUGAUUGCUCUUCUAUCUACCUUGUUUCUUGUCACACUGGCAAAGAAAAAAGGGUCCCUACAUGAAAAUCUUGUCCAAGAUAACCAGCAGAAAUUGGAGUUACAACCUUCAUUAGAAGAUGUUACUAUCCAACAAAAUGAAACUGCUGAGAGGCAAGCUGAAGCACACUCAGAGUCUUCAUUUUCAUUAGAUUGUGAAAGCAGAAAUAUCAUGGAUACAAGUUUUGUACUCAGUGCUGAGAAGUAUUAUGAGCAAAAAGCUGAUCCACAAUCAGAUACUUCACUUCCAUCAGAUAGUGAAAGCACUACUAGCUCAACCAUGGAUGAAGAAAGUAUUAAGAUUCAUCACAAUACAGAUCAAAAUCUUGAUAUAUCUGAUAGCUUGGUCUUUGAUUAUGAUGUUGAUGAGGAGGAGGAGGAUGGCUUGAUUGAAAUCAAGCUUCCAAACAACUACUUUUUAGAGUUCUUGCCAGAAUCCAUUUUCAAGCAACAAGGUCUCACGGAGCUCUGGGCAGAAAUUAAUGAGAUGAAUGAGGAUGAAAAUUUAAUUGAGAUUGAUAUUUCCAAGGGAUCCACAGAGCAUCAAGAUUUGAGAUUGGAGAAGGAGUUGGUUUGCUGAGUAGAUCAUUGUAUUUUUAGUGAUUAAUCUUUUAUUACUAAUUGUUAUCAUGAGCUGCUAUUUUAGGUGAAGUUUUAGUCAUUAACUAUUUUCCUUCUUGAUGUUUACCAAAAUUUUGUUCUCUUCUAUUCACUUGACCUUUUAAUCUUAAGCCGUGUUUUUUAAUGAA